GUCGCAAACGCAACAAGCAGAGUGAAGUAGGGAUUGACGAUCGAUGCAGACGGUGUCGGUGGACGAGAAGAAGAACACGGUGGUGCUGAAGGCGGAGCACCGCAGCGAAGAUGGCAUGAAACGGAUCGAGAAAUUCGAAUUGAAGACUCGAAAUCCAGAUAAGAUCAAGCACAUUGAGCGCAAGCUUAUGGAUCAAGGCGUUCAGCGAAUGGAGCGUCACCCGAUGGACGGAAUCCCGCUCAAGCGGCCACCUCCGAAGUCCGGCUAUAGCACCCGUAACCCGUCUCCCGCUCACGAGUUGUGCCACAUGGACGCUCAACCAUAUAAUAAAAUAGCGGGAAUUUAAAAACAUUUAAUUUUAUUACACACGCAGCGGAAAACAAGUAUCUGUUUACAAACCCACGUACAGUAGUAUACACACCAACAUAAAGACGGUAACUAUAAUAUAAUACAAAGUCAAGUCACCGCCCGUGCGA